UGUUCGUCAUGGCCCGCGCAGCUCGCGCCACUAAAUUCACCUCAGCGCGCCGCGAUCCGUCGAGCUCCCGUUUAACGAGCACAUUCCGCUGCUCUCUGGUGCUGAUCGGUGCACUGGUGUUCUCCGGGCUCGUGUAGUGCGAAACACGGAGGAUAGUUAGUCGGUUUUGUUCGUUUUAUGUCGGCUGGCGAUUAUUUAUGUGCUAAUGCUAAGAUUAGCUUCAAGAGAAGAAAAACAGACUAGCGCAGAAAUGGCAAUAAACACCGAUUAAUCUUCAGUUUAUUGACGGAACAAGAUAUUUAAAGAGACAACGACUUUAUUUUUUGAUAAAAAUACACAUCUUGUGUUUAUAUUAAGUAGUUUUGGCGUUUGUGGCCCGUGGCAGUCCAUUCAGAACAAUCCACAAGCAUCAUGUGUCCAUUAAGGAUCCCGCUCCAGUAUGUCCGAAACUGUGAAGUAUGUGGACGAUGAGCACAGGACCAUCUUUCUGAAGCUACUGAACGAGCAGCGAUUGGAAGGAGAGCACUGCGACAUCGCGGUCGUGGUGGAGGAUGUGAAGUUCAGAGCGCAUCGCUGUGUGUUAGCGGCGUGCAGCAACUACUUCAAAAAACUCUUUAAGAAACACGAGGUCGACAGUUCGUCCGUUAUCGAGAUCGACUUCAUCCGCGCGGACAUCUUUGAGGAGGUGCUCAAUUACAUGUACACCGCGAAGAUUUCCGUCAAGAAGAAGGACGUGAAUCUAAUGAUGUCCUCCGGGCAGAUUCUCGGGAUACGCUUUCUGGAUAAGCUCUGCUCGCAGAAACGCGACAUGUCGCCAGACGAGAAAACCAACGACGCUAGGAACGCGAAGUUCCCGUACGACAUGGUAAAAAUGGGGCUUCCGACGGAAGAUCCUCCGUUGAAUCCAGACCCCGACGUUCAGGUGCUCGGCGACCAAGACGACACGCCGUCAGACGACAUCGGUGAGGAAGCGCAAAGCAAUCACGACUUAGACAAAUCGCCUAAUAACGCCUUACGAGUGCAGGAGGCUAUCCUGAAAGAGCUAGCGCAGGAAGAGGUGCACAAAGUUAGCUGCUACGACCAAGAAGUGGAAGCUAUCGACGCCGAACCGAAAGAGUUAGCGGCUCAGACGCUCUCGUUCGCCGAUAGCAUGGGAGACGUGAAAGACGAGCAACCGCCGGGGUGGACGACGGCAACCGCCGAUAUGAAGUUCGAGUACCUUCUCUACGGCCACCGGGAUCAGUUAGCAUGCCACGUGUGCGGGAAAACCUUCAUGGACGAGAAUCGGCUGCGAAAACACGAGAAGCUUCACUCGGCCGACAGACCGUUCGUGUGCGAGAUCUGCAGUAAAGCGUUCACGACGCAAGCUCAUUUAAAAGAACACUUGAAGAUCCACACGGGCUUCAAACCGUAUCGUUGCGACGCUUGCGGGAAGUCGUUCAUCCGCGCGCCGGAUCUGAAGAAACACGAGCGUGUUCACAGCAACGAGCGGCCGUUCGGGUGCCAGAUGUGCGAUAAGGCGUUCAAGCACAAGUCGCAUCUGAAGGACCACGAGCGACGGCACCGAGGAGAGAAGCCGUUCGUGUGCAACUCGUGCACGAAGGCCUUCGCUAAAGCGUCCGACUUGAAGAGACACGAGAACAACAUGCACAGCGAACGCAAACAGUUGCCCGGUGGAUUGCAGAGCGAGACCGAACAGCUGCAAGCCGCGGCGAUGGCGGCCGAAGCCGAGCAGCAGCUGGAGUCCAUCGCGUGCUCCUAACACACUUCAGUCUUACUACUGUUCAUAUCAACUCUUUUUCUCCCGUUUUAGAAUUGUUUCUUUUUAUAUGUAAAUGGUGCGAAACAUUUUUCUCUUAUUGUACAGUUCAUACCAAAUGUAUUUGAGUAUUUAUGGCAGCUGACGGACGAUGAAUUGUUCGGUUGCCGUCGUACAGCGUUAACCGGACGCAUUUGUGAUGUUGUUGUGGCGAGAGUGGAGGAAUCGUUCCAUUUUCGCUCACUUUUGCGAAACGCUGCAUCGAUUUACACUUCGAGAUAUUUUUGCUGUAAUAAAAGACUGAAUCAUUCAA